AGAAGAUCCAAGCCGAGGUGCGAUGGGAUGGAAGACGACGCUGCUCGGUGGCCUCGCUGCCUACUGCGCCGCCCUCGUCGACGCCGACCAAGUCGCGUCCAGCGGCAGCUCGUACUUUGUCAGCCGUCCGACCAAACUCGGCGCCACGUCCUGGCCGACAGAGUACGGCGCAGUGGGCGUCACGACCGCCAACGUAGCGUCCGACGGGUCGCUCGCGUGGUCUGACACCGUCGGGUCCGGCGACACGGAGAUCGUGGGCGGCAAUGCGCUCGACUCGGCAGGCAACGUCUACGUCGUCGGCUCGACGCGCGGCAACAUCACGUCCAACAACGCCAACGCAGGCAACUUUGACUGGUUCAUCCUCAAAUACUUGCCGUCCGGGGUGCGCAGCUGGCACAAGCAGGUUGGCACACCGGCGCACGACGAAGCGCGGACAGUCGUCGUUACCACCGAGGCCGACGGCAACGACUACAUCUACGUCCUCGGCGUCACGUAUGGCGCGAUGGACGACGCGCUGCACGUCUCGAACGGGUACCGGCAGUUUGGGGGCCGGGACCUCUUUUUGUACAAGCUCACUACCGCUGGCACCAAGCUUUGGAGCCGACAGUUUGGCACGUCGGGCGACGACUAUCCCUACGGGGUUACCAUCGACGCUGGACAGCUCCUCGUGUCGGGCGGCGCCCCCGGGACGCAGUUUCUCACAGCGUUCAAUACAUCGGGCGCCAUGACCGACAUGGUGGCCGACGGUGGCGUUACGAUCCUUCCGAUCCAGAUGCACUUGGCCGAAGGCGACAGUACCGUCGGUAAGUUUACUGUUGUGUUGAAUCGACAGCCGACGGCGUCCGUCACCAUUUCGGUGACGCACCCUGCUUUGCCCACGCCCAGCGGACAGCCGCUCCCCCAAGUGGCGCUUUCAUCACCGACGCUGGUCUUUAACGCGUCGAAUUGGAACCUGCCGCAAGCCGUGACGGUCACGGCCAUCGACGAUGCGAUCUGUGAGCAUACGCACUACGCUGCGGUCUCCCACGCAGUGAGCAGCAACGACAAGUACUUUGCACCGUCGACGCCGUUUGUGCUUGGGCGGCAGCUGCUCUUUACGAUUCGCGACAACGAUGUCGCUAGCAUUGCGCUCUCGCGACAGCACUUGUAUGCAGUCGAAGGCGGCGCGAGGGACGCCUACAGUAUCGUGCUGACAUCGCAGCCGUGGCACAACGUGCUCGUGACGGCGAUGGCACUGCGUCCACUGCAGACACAGCUGCACCCGACGACAGUCGAGUUCAACAGUAGCAAUUGGAACACGCCGCAGUGGAUCUCGGUGACGGCGGUCGACGACGCAGUCUCGGAAAACGAAUUUGGCGGCAUCCAUGCCGGAGGGACAGUCACACACAUUGCGUCAAGCUUGGACGCCCACUACAACACCCGCCAACCAUCGUGCUAUUAUGUGGCCACCUGCAACUGCAGCGGCGUGGCGACGCACGGCAAUUGCUCCACGCAACCUGCGUCGUGCCAAGCCGGGACCCCCGCGCUUGUCUGCGACGUAAAUGCAACAAUCACAGGCAACGGCGAGCUUAUCCCGUUGCUGAGUGACGGCAACGUCACAGCUCCUCUCAAUGUGAUUCCGAUGCGCUACGGCGCUGCCGCGCUCAACCCCAACCCUCCGACCUCAUCGACGACGUUCAUCAACAGCGCACUCGAGACCAUCCAAGUGCCACUGCGGUUGCGUAUCAACAGCAGCGCCGUCAACCCCAACCCGCUCAGCUACAACGUGUCAGGGCUCAACCUCUCGGCGGUACCUGCGGAUGUUGCUGGCUACGUCUACAGUCUCGUGGCGGUAUCCGACGGCGUUGCUCUGGCUGCACUGGCGCAAAACCAGACGCAUUUGGUGUGGGCACUGUGUCUUGGCAUACAGCGUCUCACGACGCAGCGCUGGGCGUUUGAAGCGUGGCCACCGGGCACGGCCGACCGCGUCCUCGACGCCCUCUUUUUCAUUUUUCCCAGUUUGCAAGAGCGACUGCUGUGGAAUUGCGGCGGGGCUACCUUUACGCCCAGCGUUGGACUGGACGUGACGGUGUUUGACAAUGACCCAGCUGUGACAAUCUCCAAGAUGCAGCUUGAAGUGACCGAGGGUAACACAACGCUUGGCGAGGGCUUUUACAAUCGCAUCGCGCUAGGCAGUGCGAUCGACAGCUACGCGGUCGUCCUCAAUGCGCCGCCGUCCCAAGGGCAAAAUGCAACAGGAUCCCUCUGUGCGUCCCCCGUCACGGCUCUGGACGUAUGCGCUGCCAAUUACUCGGCGUCGGGGUACCAGGCAGCGUUUGCACUGUCACCCGCGUCAACCGAUACGGUACACUUGCCGACGCCUGAGAUUCAAAAGCAACAUCGGUGCUCGGACCAAGUGCAGAUAACCCCAGCGUUUCUUGUGUUUACCAGCGCCAACUGGUUUGAACCACAAACCUUUACGGUGACGGCCGUCGCCAACCACAAGGACGACGGGCCGUUAAACUCGACAAUCUCCCAUGCGAUAUUUGCAUCUGGCGCCGGCGCGCAGUCGUUUUCGUCGGCGGCGUUUUGGGUGAGGUCGUGUCUACCGCUGUCGUCGUCUUUAUUUAUCGCCCCGCCAUUGCCCUACAAUGCCCUCCCCGAGGUCUAUUUUGCACCGCAGCACAGUCAAGUGCAAGUUCACGUUCUCAACAGCGAGAAGGCUGCUGUGUUGGCCUCGACGUCUGCACUGAGUAUCAAGGAGAUUGACGUGACUGUGGAUGCCGCUGCCGUCGGCGCAACAUCGACCGGCGUCUGCACGGACAGUCUCACGAUGAGUUCGCAGUCGGGUACAAUCACAAACGUCCUCCUGCUUGCGACCAACCAGACGUCGCUUGUUCGUUUUCAGCUGCCAUUUUUGCACCACAGUGCGUUCAAUAGCGACUUGGGCUCGGCGAUGCUCGAGCUAACGCAGACAAAGUACGCGGUUGUCAACACCACGUGGCUCAACGUGACCACGGCAACCCUCAACCCGACGUUCACGGUCCGCGUGCGCCUCGUUCAGUCCAAUUGGACGGAAGCGUCGUUUGCGUCCGUGCCACCACCGAUGCUUGUUGCACCGAUCGUGCUCAACGCCACUAUGAUCAAUUCGGUCUUGCGUCUGGAUGUAACACGGCUUGUGGCCGCUGUUGGUGCUUCGUUGCCGCUGCUGAGCUUCCAGAUGGAUGUGCUUGCGGCCAGCGCAAGUGUUCAAGUCCACGCCCGAAGCGAUCCCGAGAACUUGGCGCCUGUCCUCGUACUGCGCACCCACUUUCCAAACCUGCUGCUGAACCAGCCAACGCUUCAGAGCCCAAGCAGUAGCAGCAGCGGUGCAGCAGUCGAUGGAAACGUGACGUCCGUGACACCCGACGCCUUCACGUGGUGGCAAGUCACCCUUCCGAGCGUUCUACCGCUUGGCACGCUAGCGAUCUUCUUGCCACUCACGACAACGUCUGGUGCACUCGUGGUCGUCGUGUCGACAGCGCCGUUGCCAACCAAUUGGACGCUGGCAACAGGGCCAUCCAAUGGCGUUCUCGUGCACAACAUAAGGAUUCGCCGCCCCGUGCUCGUGUGGCCAAUUCCGGGCGCCGGUCAGUACAUACGUCUCUACGCCCAGCCAGACAUGCAGAUCUCGCUGCGUGAAGUGCAGCUUUACCCGCGCGGCGUCAACGUCACAACAACGGACGAUGGGUACAGUGUCCGCGCCAUCAAUUGGGUCUCAGAGGCCAAAGUCAACCCGAAUUAUGACCAACGCCACGUGUGGACGCUGGCGUCGGGGGCUCAUGUCCGAAGCGACAACGUGGCGCUUGGGCUCCCGAGUACCUUGAGCACGACCGCGACCACUCCAAUUACGACACUGUCGACGACGUUUGAGACCAACCCGUACUGGGAAAUGGAUCUGGGCACUGUGCAGUCGAUUGGCACCUUGUCGUUGCGCCUCGCCCGGUCGUUGGCCGAAGCGACGUUGUGCAAAAGUCCGGCGAUGCCAACCGCGCCCAACACCAUCUCCAGCUUUACCUCGGCGCGACUGCGCCUCUCGAGCAGCCCCAUGACUGCCGCCGUCAACGCGACCGCUGAGAAAAGCUGGACGUCAUCGCUUGGUGUCUGCUUCGACUUGACACUGUCGUGGCCCAUGUUUGCCUCUGGACGGUACCUGCGCCUUGACAUGGUCGGCCGCGGCGCGCUUCACAUUGCAACAGUUGAUGUACAGCGGUGGGCGGCGCAGGCCUCGCAAUAUGCUCUGGUGGAGCUGCGCGGCUCGGGUGCGUUGCCACUCGCGUUGCCUGGGCUGCGCUUCUUGGGCGUGAACCAAUCCGAGCUGCCGAUCCAAGUGUUUGGCGCGAGCUCCAGCGCCACCGGCGGAUGCUUCUUUGUUGGCGCGGCUCCGUCGGUGCGCGAGUGGGUAGUUGUCGACUUCGGUGCUGUGCGGACUUUGCAAAACGUGGUAUUCAACUUGAAUGUAUCGAGCUGCACGGGCAGCGUCGAGGCACCGAGUGCAAUCUCGGUUGCCGUCUACGGUGACCCUGCACUGGCGUACACACCGCCGCUCGUCUCGAACGACGCGUGCAGCUGCACAAGCGAUGCGUGGGGUCGAAGCUCGACCGUGCUGCCUGCGAGUUGCAAUAGUGUCUGCUCCAGUAUUCAGUGCCCCACAGCAACGUGCAGCAAUGCCGAUGGCACGGUUGUGCGUCAAGACACGACGCUCUACUGGGCCGGGUUCCGAGACCUGGUCGUCCUCGCGCCCGCAGCGAGCCUUCCGACGAUGUUGCUGCCGCUCACGAGUGAUGCCUACAGUCUCUUUAUCAUACGCGACGAGCCAUUAUGGCUAUUGCAGCUGAGCGCAUCGGCCCCCGAUGCCAACGUCUCGGCGACCAACGUGGUGUUUACGGCGGCAUCUACCUUUCCGACGACAUUCGCAUCGCUGACAUCGUCUUCGUCUCUCGUUGUUUCAAGUGUCUUUGAUCGCAGUGCGUGGUUUGGUAUCUCGUAUGCCAACACUAGGGACGGUUCGUUCACGCUCGAGUUUUGGGCGGCGUUCCCAUCGACGAUCCGAGCUGGGUCUCUCGCGACGUAUGCGAGCAGUGCCCGAGCAACGUUCACCGUCGGCAUGUUUACAAACCAGACGCUGUACUUUUCCUUGUCCGACCAAGGGAUCACGUCAACGGUCGUGGGGCCAACCGCGCUCUCGUCACCGGGAGCGACGCCCGCCACGUGGUAUCAUAUCGUUGCCGCGUACGACUGGAAGCAGCAAACGCAGACACUGUCGGUGAAUGCGUGGACACCGCAGUCGGGCACGACGACAAUGUUUCUGGACCAAGUGACGCGCUCCGACACGAUUGCCGUUGCAGCCAAUGGACAGCUGACCUUCACGGGCAUCCUGUGGCUCGCCAACGUGGCGUUUUACCAGAGGCCGCUGAGCACCUUUGAAAUCCUCGAGCACUUUUACCAGCCGACACCGACCAAAUCGUAUGCGAUGCUCAACUUUCGGCUAGCAACCAACCCGAUGACGAGCGUCGACGUCGAUCUUGUGUCCGAGUCGACGUGCUACCGCUGGGGUCUUUGCUACGCUAGUGUUUUACCGCCCACUCUCCGCUUUACGCCAACGAAUUGGAACGAAACGCAAUACGUUCAUGUGCACGCCACGGACGAUCUCAUUGCCGAAGGACUCCACCCCGACGUUGUCACCUACGAGAUUCAUGCAGCGGCGACGCGCGCCACGACCGUGACGGUCGUAACGCCAGCAUACGUGACGACACCAGCGUCAUCCUUGGACGCGUUUUUUCGCAACUACAUUCUCAACGCAACGGAGCUCCAAGCACUCCCGUUGGCGUCUGCGGUCGCCGCCUCGUUUGGCGGUUUGCAGACGUCGUGGGCGGUGCAGAACGUCUCGACGUCCGUUGUGCCUGUGCUUGGCUACAGCAAUGUUAGUGUGUCGCCGCUCCAGCUCACGAUUGCCGACAUCAACGUUGCACGAGUCGAAAUUUCAGCCUACUACUUGAUGGUGUACGAAGCCGGUCUCGGAGACAUCUUUCAAGUCGUGCUCACGGCCGAGCCCAAGAACGACGUGUACGUGCAGCUCAAUGCGUCGACGGACUGCUAUCGCUCGUGUGGCGUGGCCACGGCCGCGAACCCGUGUCCCGUGCCUGCGACAACGCUUGGCAACGCGAGUCGUCUGUGCAACUGCACCGUGUCGCCUUUGACAUUGCACUUUACGCCGUUCUUGUGGAAGCUGCCCCAAGCCGUGACGGUGACGCCGACGGACGACCGCCUCGACGAGGCCGACGUGCACUACACAAAGAUCGUGGUGACCACCACCAGCGCCGACCCGGAGUACGACCAAAUGUUCCUUGAAAGCAUCCGCGUCGCCGUCGUCGACAAUGACGUGUCCAACAUUGUCUUGUCGACGACAUCGAUCGCGCUGAGUGAGAACGACACGUCCACCGGUACGACGGCAUUUGGCGACGUUGUUUUACAAUGGACCGUAGCUGCCCAGUAUGAAAUGGUGCUAGCUACUGAGCCGUGGAGCGAGGUCAACGUCACCAUCAGCAACGAGGCGACUGGCGGAUGCUACCGCACGUGCGGCUACCCCAUCGAUCCAGCGAACUGCGGACUGCCGCGACCCGUCGCGACCAACUCGAUCGAGAUCAAGUCGUCGUCGGUACGCGAGAUCCAAGCCGUGACCGCCGCCAUGACGACGACCAACGGCAUUCAAAUUGUGACGACAACGACGACGCACAUCGACCCCGUUGUCAUCGUGCGACUCACGGGCGGCUUCGCGUUGCAAACAUACGAGCUCAGCAUCACGUUCCCCGUUGGCACCGCCAUGAGCAGUACGCUUCCCUAUGGCGCAACGUUUCAAGUGAGCACGACCACGAGCGUCACGCCGCCCCUCGAUGGCUUUGCCUCUGCCUCGACACUCCAAUCGGCAAUCAAUGGGCUGCAGCCGGGCUACCUUGUGACGAGGACGACGACGUCGGCGGCGUCGGGGGCGCCGACGCUUGUUUGGCGCAUCGUCUACGGCGCAGCGUCUCCACUUGCGCCGAUCCUCGUGCUCAACUUUCCUUUGUCCUUUCCUGGUACCGGCGUGCUUCGUGCGAUCGUGCCGGCGGCAGUAGCCCCGUCUGGCGUCGUGGGUUGGAGCUACGGCCCGACGCCGGGGCCCGUGACGGUCGCGUACGGCGCCAGUGCAGCUCAAAUGACAACGUACCUCGAAUCCAUUCCCGGUAUCAAUACCGUGACGGUCCAGAGAGCGGUCGUGGACUUUGGUUUCGAGUACACCAUCACGUUCACGUCCGUGCCCGUCUACCACACCACUGUGUCGGUGGACACGCGCCAGCUGGUGCUCUCGGCAUCUGCGGCGUCCAAUGUCGUCGUCUCGAGCUCGGUCACUCGCGCGCCAAACCAAAUCGGUGGCUUUUUCCAAUUGUCGUAUCCUGUCAAUGCCACGUACACCGGUGUUUCGACGCCACUGCGCUACAAUGCAACCGCAAACGAGGUGAUGGCGUCGUUGGCGGGCAUCCCAACGCUCGGGCCCGUUUCGGUCCAACAGCGGCAACUGACGCCCGAGCUCACGUUUACGUGGACGAUCGAGUUUAUAGGCAACGUCGGACCUGUGAAGAACCUCACAGCGCGAUCCGUCAACUUGACGGGUCUAGCCUCUGCUGUCGUCUUCUCGUUCGUCCAGCAAGGCGACAUGCUCGGAGGAAGCUUUGCCUUGCGGAUCGGGGGUGCCUUCAUCCAUCAAUACCCCACGGGCGAGGUGUACAACUUAAGCGUACCGGCGCUUGCCACGCCGUACCUCCGUUCAACGCGUCGGCCGCGGCGGUUCAGUCGGCACUUCACGCGUUGCCACUGCAACUGCCACUCGUCGGCGUUCAGUUGGCAGAUAACGUACGCUCAAACGGCCGGCAAUGUCCCCGAGAUGACGGUGCUGGGCAACAUCACUGGUACGGGGGCGUCAGUCGCCGCGUCAACGUUGGCCAACGGCACGUACCUCAACGGCGUGUUUACGAUUUCACUGGCAUUGAAUGCUACGGGCACUGUCUAUACGGGCACCACGUGGCAGCUGCCAAUGAACGUGACCGCCGACGGCGUCAAGGAAGCACUUGAAGCCUUUCCGUUCGUGACGUCAAACAGGUUUGAAGACAGUGCAUUCGACCCAACCAAUGCCCUCGCGGUGCCGCGGGCCACGAAAGGCGUCCGAGUCACUCGCACGGGGCCGUACCUCGACGGCGGCUACAAGUGGCUUCUGGACUGGUCCCUCAACGACUGGCUCGUCUUCACAAGUGUCAAUGUCACAGUCAACACAACUCUCAUCACUCAAGACCUCGUCCCCGUAGCCGUGGCCACACAGUAUGCCUCGUCCGGGCCGCGCUGUGCGGUGUACCCCAAGACAGUCUUCCAAGUCGAUCCGACAGACGUGUUUGGGCUUCGUGGCACGUGCGUCUACCCACUCCUUGUGAGUGUCAACCCAGAGCGAUACCUCUGCAAUAUGACCGUGACGACGCCCCGCAAGAUCUUUGAUGCGUCCAACUGGUACAUUCCGCAAACGAUCGACGUUGUCUCCGUGCACGACCGCCUCGACGAGUCGUCGCCAUCCACCAACGUGACCAUCUCGACACUGACGCACGAGGCUUAUACGCUCGACUUUAUUUACGCCGGCGUCAUCGUGCCCACCGUGGCUGUCAACGUCACAGACGUGGACCGCGCACGUGUCGUGGUCAUUACGGACACGUAUACGCUGGUAUUGACGACGGAGCCGCGCGCGUCCGUGCUCAUUGUCAUCUAUCCCUACAUUGUGUGGACCGACUGCUACCGCUUGGGUUUUGCAAUGUGA